AUGGCCGUUCCCAAGAAAACAGUCCUCAUCACCGGCUGCUCAGAGGGUGGCAUGGGUGCCGCCCUCGCAGAAGCAUUCCACCAAGCCGGCUACCACGUGUACGCAACUGCUCGAGAUCUCUCCAAGAUGGCGGGUCUGUCCAAGCAGGGCAUCGAGACUCUCCCGCUCGACAUCAUGUCCCAACAGUCUAUUACGGCGUGUGUCGCCCGGGUCCCCAGCCUCGACGUCCUCGUCAACAACGCCGGCCUCAGCUACAGCAUGCCCAUGUCGGACGUCGACAUCGACGAGGCCAGGAAGAUCUUCGACCUGAACGUCUUCGCGCAGAUCGCCGUGACCCAGGCCUUCCUCCCGCUGCUGCUCCAGUCCAAGGGCAUGCUCGUCAACCAGACCUCGGUCGUCGGCUGCGUCGUCGGCCCCUUCCAGGCCAUCUACAACGCGUCCAAGGCCGCCAUGUCCAUGAUCUCGGACUGCCAGCGCCUGGAGCUCGAGCCAUUUGGCGUCAAGGUCAUCGACCUCAAGACGGGCGCCAUCAAGACCAACCUGAGCAAGAACCAGGCACAGCUCACCACCAUGAAGAUCCCCAAGGGCUCCAUCUACGAGCCCGCGAGGGACGCGGUCGAGUCUGCCAUGCGCCACGACAGCAUGGCUGAUGUGGGUACGCCGGCAGACCAGUGGGCCAAGGAGGUCGUUGGCGACCUGACCAAGAAGAACCCUCCUCUCAUCGUCUGGCGAGGCGCGAACGCGCGCAUGGGGCGCAUCGGGACUAUCAUGCCCCACGGAGCCCUGGAUUCCACUAUCAAGAAGAUGACGGGUCUUGAUGUGGUUGCGCAAAAGGUCAAAGUUUGUGCAAUACACAUCGGAAAUACCAUUUAUUUGCAAAAUUCAUUGCUCUUUGAUAUCAGUCAAUCACUACAAAUAUUAGUCUAG